CGUGUAGCUUGGGGGCGGGAAAAAUAUCGUUUCCGGAUGCGGCGGCAAAGGUUGUAAACAGUUACAGGAGCGCUUUAAGCUAGUAUCAGGAGUCAUGAAGCAGCUGCCAGCAGACACCGUGAGGCUCCUGUCCAGCUCCCAGGUCAUCACUUCUGUUGUGAAUGUGGUGAAAGAACUGAUGGAGAACUCCCUGGACGCUGGCGCUUCAAGCAUCGACGUAAAGCUGGAGAACUUCGGCCUGGACCGGGUGGAGGUACGGGACAACGGUGACGGGAUCAGAGCCGAGGACGCUCCCGUGAUGGCCGUCAGACAUUUCACCUCGAAGAUCUGCAGCCACGACGAUCUGGAGCGUCUGGAAACGUACGGCUUCAGGGGGGAGGCGCUCGGAUCCAUCUGCGCCGUCGCCGAGGUGGCUGUCACCACAAAAACAGAAGAGGACGACAUCAGCACCCAGUACACGUUGGACCUCACAGGAGCUGUAGUGUCCCAGAAGCCGUCCCACGUAGGUCGAGGCACGACGGUGAGCGUGACGAAGCUGUUUAAGAACCUUCCGGUCAGACGACAGUACUACUCUUCCACAAAGAGGUGCAAGGAGGAGCUGAGGAAGGUGCAGGACCUGCUGAUGACCUACGCCGUCCUAAAACCUGAGCUCAGACUGAUGCUGGUCCACAACAAGGUGGUGGUUUGGCAGAAAGCCAAGAUGGCCGACGCCCGGAGCGCCCUCCUCGCCGUGCUGGGGUCCGGCCCCGUUGCUCACCUGCUCCCCUGUCACCAACGCCAGGAGCAACCAGAGAUUAUCUUGGACGGCUUCUUUCCGAAGCCCGGAGCCGAUUUCUCCUCUACGAGCUCCUCCACUCCUGAGAAGACCUUCGUAUUCAUCAACGAGCGACCCGUCCAGCAGAAGGAGAUCAUGAAGCUGCUGCGUCAGCAUUACUCGGCUCAGUACUCAGACGACUCAGCUCGACAUCGAUAUCCCACCGCCCUGCUCAGAAUCACCGUUCCUCCUUCCUCCGUGGACGUUAACGUGACUCCGGACAAAACGCAGGUUCUUCUCCACAACAAGGWGGCCGUGUUGACGGCGGUGGAGGCUCUGCUGGUUUCUCUUUACGGCUUCAGGUCCGGGUCGGACCCUCKGGCUGAGGAGCCCCGUCUAGAGGCCGACAACAAAGACGGGAGCGAUGAGACGUCUCACUCCACAGGAAGCGCCGACGUUUCUCUGGAGGCCUCAAACUGCAGCUCCUCGUCCUCCGCAGCCGACGACUGGAUCAUCAGCCGGAGUCCUGCGGCGCUCCCGCCUGACGGUCCUCCUCCACCGAGCGAAACGUCAACGAGUCCCGAAGCCUCAGAAACCAGCAGGAAGCCAAG